UACAGAGAUUUCGUUGUAGACGGACGUGUUUUAUUAAGAGCUAAAAAAGCGUAAGAAGUACUUUAUGUUGAAAUUUGAAAUUCUUGUAGAUCAAGUGUACGCAAUUGAAGAGAAAGUCUUGCACAAAUACCGCUAAGUGAAUGCCAUCGGAGAAGAUACGUGUGCCAAGCAAUAAUUAAUCAUUAAGUAAAUAAAAGGUGUCUGUAUAAAAUCAGCAGAAUUUUUAAUUUAUAAGUAUAAAAUGGAAAGCGUAACGCGCUCAUUUAAUUACGAACUGCCGCGAGAUAUACAAUUCGAUAAAUACGCACAACAAAUACUGGAAAACAGUAAAAAUAUUGCAAAUACCGCUUUAGAAUCAACGCCCACCAUAACGACGAUUGAUCCCACAACGGCCUCCAGCGAUUUUCUACGCAAAUUAGGCGCAACUCUUUUAAAUUCAAUACAACUUCAAACUCUUUCCAAAACUCCAAAUACAGCAGCUAGUGGCAAAGUGAAUAUGGACAUGGAGUUCACACCAAAUCACGUUGCUAUAGACUCAUCCGGUUUUGAUACCAUUGAUGAAUUGCAAAAACAAUUGGAAUACGAUAAAUUCAUGAAUGAAGUCUGGAUGGGUAUAGUCUUGACAUUGAUCUUAAUCACUCUGGUGUUUUGUGUUUGUUCCUGCUUUUUGUAUUACCAGUUCAAGACAUGGAAGAGAAAUUAUCACAACACAGUUCAACAAAAUCAACAUGAUAUUGAAGCUGUAAAAUUACAUCCCAAUCUGGAUGAUCCAGUCCCAGAAUACACAUUAGUGUCCGGUUUACCCUCGUAUGAAGCAGCAUUGGAACUUUUGCACAAAACCCCACAAUCCUGCUUAAUCGUUUAUCCAAGCGUAUAUGAAGUAUUUAAUGAAAACGAGAAAGCAGCAACAACAUCACAGAAACAACAAUUGCAAUAUCUUGAUGAAGUAACCGCACCAUUGAUGUCAGCAACAACAGUCUCAACCGCAACAACAACAACAUCAACAGUAACAUCAGCAACAAAUCCAAUUGUAACCAAAUCACUUGUUACAUCAACAACUAUUCCAAGUUAUGCCGAAGCCCUUAAUAUGAGAAAUGUCACUGUGACAGCUGUCAAUAAAAAAUCAGUGCAGCAAGUGUUGCAACAAAUUACAUCAAUAGCACCAACAACAAUAGCAGCAGCAACAACAACAACAACACCCAAUGAAACCACAAACUUGAGACCAACAGCAACAAUUACGAAUAUCGCAUUUGAUGCAGUGCCAAGCUAUGGGGACACUUUACUUGCCAAAGCAUUUGACAAAUGUUAAUUGUCGAGAAGAAAGCAAGUCAACAGCAUCCAUUUUCCGCUUUCAUCAAACUGUGAUAUUUUUUAGAUGCAUUAAAUUUAUUCUCAUUUUUUGCUGUGUUUUGCAGAAAUUGUUCUAAAAAUUGUUUUAGCCACAUUUUCUGUUUUGUGAUAAAAAAUCAUUCAUAUUCAUGCAGUUAACUUAAUUUAAAAGUAACCCUAAAGAAAUAUCCUAAAUGACCAUUAAAUUAUAAGUUCAAUAU